AUGACUACUCAACUCCGAUAUGAAAAUGAUGAUGGUGAUUUAUUUACUAAUAAAAGCACUAUGCUUGCUAACUUUGAGAAAUGGAUCAAAUUGGCAACUGACAACAAGAUUAAUUCUAGGAAUAGUUGGAAUUUCGGGUUGAUUGAUUAUUUCCACGACUUAAACGUGCUGAAAGAUUCAGAAGAUAACAUCAACUUCCAAAAAGCUUCUGCAACCCUAGAUGGUUGUAUCAAGAUUUACUCAUCAAGAGUAGAUUCUGUCUCUACUGAAACAAGCAAGCUACUUAGUGGGUUAGCACAAAAGAGAAAAGAAAAACAAGAAGGCAAUGGGGAAGGCGAUAAUGAAGGAGGAGAUGACCAAUCUUCAAAGGAUAAAAAUAGUGAUGACAUACAAAUUGAUCCUUUAACGGGACUUCCCAUAGAUAUGGAUGACGAUGGAACAAAUACAAGGAGAAGAGUAUACAAUAGAAUGGUAGAGACGACGUUAGUAGACUUCAACGUUAUUAAACUAAAAGCAUUAGAUAAAGAACUGAAUAUCGAUCCAUUAUUCAAAAAAGCAUUGGUGGAUUUUGAUGAAGGUGGUGCGAAGAGUUUGUUAUUAAACUCUUUGCAUACGAACAGUAGUGGUAGAGUGGUAUUUGAUGCUGCUAUAAAAGAUAAUAAUUUUUUAAUCGAAGCGAAGAAUGAUGUGGAUGAGGAUGACAAAGUAAUAACAGAUGAACUGAACACCAUUGUAAAGAAAAUAAAAAAUACCAAUACAAACACUGAUCUAAAUAAUAACGAAGAUGAAGAUGGGAACAGUAAAGAUGAAAUGGCAGAAAGUGAGCAACAUCAUAAUAAUGAAGAUGCGAACCAUGUGUUAACAAUAAACCAACCAUUUGACACAACUAUCACUGUGGAUGAUGAUAUCCUUGAAUUGGGUAUGGAAUUUAUUAACUUCGAUAAUUUAGUGAAAUGUGAAAUAUCGCCAGCUAUACAUCAGUUAAGAACGGUAGUAGAUGAUAUUAGCAAAGCCAAAGACUUUAUUGAAGGUGUUAAUAACAAAACUAAAUACUUUCUUAGUGAAGAAGAACUAAAUGAAGCUUUAAUUGAUGAAGGCAGUAUAGUCGAUGAAGAGAAUUUUGAUAACCAAGAACAGGACUUUAACGAUCUAGGAGAUGUAGAUGUAGAUAUGAACACUGACGAUCAGAAUAAUAACCUAAGUGCUAACGAAGCAAGCAUGAUGGAACAUGGAAGUCUUAAUGAUAUAGAUAACACCAGUGGAAUUAUGAAUGGCAUAUUUGAAAAAGACUUAAUGUCCUAUUUUGAUACAAAUUUAAGACAAUCUUGGAGAGGUAGAGAUCAUUGGAAAAUUAGAAUUUUAAAAAAUAUACUUUCUGACAAAGUCAACACAACCACGUCUAAUGACCAAAAAUCUUUAAAUACCAAAAGUAACCCAGAUGAUAUUGAUGCAACAACCAACGAAAGCAAGAAGAACAAAAAGAUACAAGAAGAAAUUGAUUUCUUCGAAGUUGAUGACACUUUAGAGGAUGAAAUUUUUACUACGAAGCCACGUAAGUUAAUCGAAAUUCCUUUGAAAUAUAGAAUAAAUGAAUCUCAUUUCCUUCUUCCAGAUGAUUACCAUUUCUCCACAGAAACUCUAACAUCUCUAUUCAUUAAGCCUCGGCAAAAGAUGAGCUUAUUUAGAAAUAAUUACAGAAAAUCUCAUAGUCGACAGUUUUCAAACCACUUUGAUGAAGUAGAGUCCAAAAAUCAAGAUGGAGUUCCUGAAUUAGCUGAUGAGCAAUUUUGGGCUAAUAAUUACGAACAACAAGAAAAUAUAGCUUCUGAAAACGCAAAUAAUGAUAAUGAAAUUAGAGAGGUUGAAUUGAACAACCCAUUCGAGGAUGAUAAUGGCAUUGACUUCAAUCAAGCAUUCGAUGAUGACAAUGAUAUGAUUAUUGAUGAUAUGAAUGAAGAGACUAAAGAUAGCAAAGCGACUGAUGAUCCACAAGUAAAUAGUAUGUUAUCCCAACUGCAAAAUAAUAAAGUUAAUUAUUCAAGGGUGACUAAAAAAGUAGAUAUAAAAAGAUUAAAGAAUAACAUUUGGAAAUCAAUUAAUAUUUUAUUAGAUAACUUUAGAGCAUCAAAUCCAAAAAUAAGUGAUAACGAAAAAAUUGAAUUGAGAUUUGUUGAUAUUGCAAAGGAAAUCACACCCAUGUAUCAUAAGGAUACAUUAAGUGAAAUAUCUACUAGUUUUUGUUUCAUUUGCUUAUUGCAUUUAUGUAAUGACUAUGGCCUUACAUUAAAAAAUACAGAGCUAUUUGAAGAUUUAAUAGUUGUUUGUAAUUAUAAUUAA